AUGGGGUCUCUGCAGAAGUUAAAAUUCUUAGCAACCCAAUGUGGCGUCGCUGGAAGCCCUACCCGGAGCCCCGUAAUCCACCUCCGCCGCCCACGUCACUGCGAUCGCAACGACGAAGAGCGCCCCGUCAGGGUCAGCCGCCACAAGCUGAAGGACUUGUUCGUGUCAUCGCCGCCGUCAUUCAGCGAGAGGGCGUCGGAGAAUGUUGGGGAGAGACUGAUGCCGGCGGCCGGAGGUAGAAGAGGUGGGGCCCGCUCGCUGUCGACGGCGUUUCGGCAACGGUUGCUGUUGAGGAGGGCUUGGCGGCCGGUACUUGUAGCCAUACCUGAGUGA